AUGUUUAAAGUCAUAACAGAUCGAUGUGUUAGAUCGAAAGCAACAAAUUUUUUGAAAAAUUUUAAAAAUGGAAAACGAUGUUAUGCUACGAACAAUGAACUGGUAACAUCAGCUGAUAUUGUGAUUGUUGGUGGUGGUAUCGCAGGAUGUAAUACACUAUAUCAGCUCUCGAAAAGAGGGGUAAAUGCAGUUUUAUUAGAAAGGAAUAAAUUGACAAGUGGAACCACUUGGCAUACAGCUGGCUUAGUAUGGUCUCUUCGACCGUGCGAUCUUGAAGUUCGAUUAUUACAAGAUUCUAGAGAUGUUUAUAGCACACUGGAGAAGGAGACUGGCGACCAUGCCGGAUGGAUUAAUAAUGGUGGCAUGUUUAUAUCAAGAAGUAAAGCACGAACAGAAGAGUAUCUAAGAUUGCAUACUUUAGGAAAAGCUAUGGGUAUACCGAGUGAAAUUUUGGACCCGAAUGGAGCCCAAAAGCUUUUCCCACUUUUGGACCCAUCUGUAUUUAAAAUGGCGCUAUACUCACCAUUGGAUGGUACUAUCGACCCAGCAAUGGCGUGCAAUGCGUUGGUUAAAGUAGCAGCUAAAUAUGGUGGAAAGGUAUACGAAGACUGUCCAGUAAUAGAUGUUCAUUAUGCCCACAAUUUGCUCGGCAACAAAGAAGUGACUGGCGUACAUACGGAUAAAGGUUUUAUAAAAACGAAAUGCGUUGUCAAUUGUGGAGGAGUUUGGGGACCUCGUAUAGCUAGGUUUGCUGGUAUACCAUACUUACCAAUAAUACCAUUUAAACAUGCAUACGUUGUGUCCGACAGUAUACCUGAAAUUAGGGGAUGUCCAAACGUUAGGGAUCACGAUGUUAAUUUGUACUUUAAAAUACAAGGGGAAAGCUGUAACAUUGGUGGCUAUGAAAGUAACCCGAUUAUGCUAGAUCAGGUUCCAGAACAACAGCAUUUCCAUCUCUACGAUUUAGAUUGGGACAUAUUCGGCGUUCAUAUGGACAGUGCGACUUCAUUAUGCCCAAAAUUAGGUAAAGUGGGCAUUAAGAGUACAGUGUGCGGACCGGAAUCGUUUACACCAGACCAUAAACCCUUGUUGGGUGAAGAUCCUAAUUUGUUUGGAUUGUACCACAACUGCGGGUAUAACUCAGCUGGAAUGAUGUUCUCUGCUGGGACUGCUAUACAGUUAGCGGAAUGGAUUAUUACCGGAAGGCCACACUACAACAUGUUUACUUUCGACGUGACUCGGUUCACUCCCGCCCAACUAUCUCGCGCCCACUGGGUACGAGAAAGCAGUCACGAAGCAUACGUGAAGAACUAUAGCAUAGUGUUCCCUAACGAUGAACCCCUCGCAGGGAGAGAUGCAAGUCAUGACGCCUUGCACCAGGAACUGAUUGAUGAUGGAGCGGUGAUGCAGGCGAGAGCAGGGUGGGAGAGACCCGGGUUCUUUAUGCCUGGGGAGAAGAUUCGCGUCCAACAGUACGAUUGGGGAGGUGUCAACGAUUAUCCUAGAAAUUUGGACCAGCGCUACGAAGAUGUUCUAAGGGGAGAAUACACAUUCGGAUUUUCGAAGCAUCAUAACAUUAUCGGUUCAGAAGCACUAGCUUGUAGGAAUGAAGCAGCAUUAUUCAAUAUGUCAUACUAUGGGAAGUUCUACCUGACCGGCCCCGACGCACAGAGAACUGCCGAACUUGCCUUUACCGCGGAUUUGUCGAAGAAAAAUGAUAAGGUAACAUAUACGUUGGUUCUAAAUGACAAAGGUGGAGUUGAAGCGGACCUAACAGUGAGCAUCCUCGACGGAGGCAGUGGACAGUUACAUGAGCCUAUAUUCAAAGGUCGUGGCUACUACAUAGUGACCAGUGGCUUCAAUGCGAACCACACGGCAUCUAUAAUUCGACGUAUAAUACACAAGCACAAAUUGCGCGCAAACUUAACUGACGUCAGCAAACAGCUAUGCAUUUUGGCGGUACAAGGACCUGAUAGUCAACGCAUCCUCCAAAGAUACACAGAUGCCGGUCUCUCAAACGACGCGUUCCCACUACACACUAAUCGGAGCAUCAAAGUGUCAAAAGCACCUAAUGCCACAGACAAUAAGACCUAUACUUGCCGAGCACUGCGUGUCUCGUGGGCGGGCGAGCUAGGCUGGGAGCUGCAUGUACCGUCGUCUCACGCGAUACAGAUGUACCAGGCACUCAGAAAGGCGAAGGGGUUGAAGAAUGCGGGGUGGAGGGCUCUAACUUCGCUAAGUGCAGAGAAAGGUUUUCAUUUGUGGAAUUCGGAUUUGAGAAUUGAUGACAAUCCAAUAGAAGCGAAUCUGGGUUUCGCUUGUCGUAAAGAUGGCGACUACGUCGGCAAUGAGGCUGUUGAGAAGUUUAGAAAGAAUGGAGUCACUAAGAAAUAUGCUUUCUUCACUCUUGAUGAUAAGAUUGCCAUAUAUGGCCAAGAAGCAAUAUACAGAAAUAGCGAGCCCGUAGGCUACGUACGUAGAGGGGAUUACGGGUUUUACUUAGAUAAAUCAAUAGGCAUUGGUUAUAUAACCAAUAAAGGUUCACAGGUCACUAAAGACUACUUAGUAAAGGGAGACUAUGCGAUUGAAGUUAUGGGGAAAAGAUAUAAAGCGAAUCUACAUUUAAAAUCUCCAUUUGAUCCCACUGGACAAAGACUAUUAGGCAACUAUGGCUCGCUAGGAAUGGAUGAAAAUACACACGAACCACACGCUGGUCAAAAUGAAAGGGCAGGUGGUAGCGAA